AUGCGACAGCGGGCCUUGACCUCGGCCAAUGUGCGUCUUCUCGGCCUUAGCGGUUUGCCGCCGCCGGGGGGCAGCUCUCCUGGGAGGCUACCGGCCGGCUGCCCUUCUUGUUCCAACUACAACUUCCAGCGGUCCCAGCGACAUCUGUCUGUCUUCUCCGCGCCGAAGCAGCGUGACCUGAGGCCAGACAAGGAUUACUCCAUGUACCAUCCACGGGAGCUGUACCCCUCCCUGGGGACCAGCUACCGCCUUGGGCCCCCCCAGCCAGGGGCUGAUUCCAGCUUCCCGCCAGCCCUGGCAGAGGGCUACCGAUACCCUGAUCUUGACACACCCAAACUGGAUUGCUUCCUCUCUGGGAUUGAGGCUGCUCCCCGCACCCUGGCCGCUCCGCCACCUCUGCCCCCCGUCCUGGGCACGGAGCCGGCCCCCACAGCUGCAGACGCCCUUCAUUCACUCCCUGGAGUCAGCCUGAGCCUGGAGAAUCGGGAGCUGUGGAAAGAGUUCAAUUCUGUGGGAACCGAGAUGAUCAUCACCAAAGCUGGGAGGCGCAUGUUCCCUGCUUGCCGAGUGUCUGUCACCGGUCUGGACCCCGAGGCCCGUUACCUGUUCCUUCUGGAUGUCGUGCCAGUGGACGGGGCUCGCUACCGCUGGCAGGGCAGGCGCUGGGAGCCCAGUGGCAAGGCAGAGCCCCGCCUCCCUGACCGGGUCUACAUUCACCCCGACUCCCCUGCCACCGGUGCCCACUGGAUGCGGCAACCUGUGUCUUUCCAUCGUGUCAAGCUCACCAAUAGUACACUGGACCCCCAUGGCCACCUCAUCUUGCACUCCAUGCACAAGUAUCAGCCCCGGAUCCACCUGGUACGGGCCGCCCAGCUUUGCAGCCAACACUGGGGAGGCGUCGCCUCCUUCCGCUUCCCUGAGACCACAUUCAUCUCCGUGACAGCUUACCAGAACCCACGGAUCACACAACUGAAGAUUGCCGCCAACCCCUUUGCCAAGGGUUUCCGGGAGAAUGGCAGAAACUGUAAGAGGGAGCGAGACGCCCGUGUGAAGAGGAAGCUUCGGGGCCCAGAGCCAGUAGCCACAGAGGCCUAUGGGAGUGGAGAGGCCCCAGGUGGUCCCUGCGACUCCACACUGGGUGGGGACGUUCGUGAAUCAGAUCCAGAACAGGCCCCGGCGCCCCGGGAAGCUGCCCCGGUCCCAGCACCUCCCUGUGGUGGGCCCAGUGCGGAGGCAUACCUUCUGCACCCUGCAGCUUUCCAUGGGGCCCCUAGUCACCUUCCAACCAGGAACCCCAGCUUCCCUGAGGCUCCAGACUCUGGGCGCCCGGCCCCCUACUCAGCUGCUUUCCUGGAACUACAGUCCGGGCCGGGGGGCUCAGGGUACCCAGCUGCACCCCCAGCACCCUUUGCCUCGCACUUCCUCCAAGGGGGCCCCUUCGCCCUUCCCUACCCCGGGCCUGGGGCCUACCUGGAUGUGGGCUCCAAACCAAUGUACUGACCAUUGCUGGGCCCCGCUGCCUCUCCUCCUCGCCUGGUGCUCCAUCACAAAUUUCCAGUUCCCUUCCCCCAGGCCUGUAGCCCCCUCACUUCCACUGGCCCCAUCCCCCACACCAAAUGGCUGCCUUGGGCCUCUCCCACCCCACUUCACACUUUGAUUUCACUCCCACCCCCUCUGGCUUCAAAGCUGUGGCUAAGCUGCUGGAGUCCAGCUGGGGCCAGCUUCCCCUUCCCAGCUCUCACCUCGGUGUGAAUGGAGGGAGGCCCUGCCUGGCCAAAUGGGGCCUGGGACCAGCACUGCCCACUCCGGGGCCUUACCCUCACCCCAGUGGGAGCCACACCAGCCUGUUCUCAGGACCAGAGUAUUUUUGUUAAUAAAACUCA